CAAAUAAAUCUCAAAAUUUUGCUUCCUUCUCUUAUCCAUAUUACCCGGUCAAGUCAACUUCUGCGCUUCUGCUUCCACACAUGCAAUCUAGCUUGGAUACGGCCGAGAAAUCUGAAUUUGAUUCUUAGGGCAGGUGCGAUCUCAUUCAAUGAGUUACAAAACUUUGCUCAUCCUCAAAAGAACAUGAAGCUGGCGAAGUGACUUGCUGUUUGCAAAGAACCAUGCUGUAGAGAAAUUCACAAAUCUGAAUCAAAUUCUGAGAAGAUUGCAGGAAGAUGCCAUCCAAUGUCUUUUUGCAAUGAUUAUGGUAGUUUACAAUAUUUAGAUCUCUUCUGAUUUCAUGAAAAAGCAAAAAUUAAAAGGAAAAUGAGGUACUCUUUGCUUCCAUGUUUGAAAAAGGAGGGAAAAUAUGCUAAUAGCUCAUUCUUGGAUAAUGGAAGCAAAUUAUUAGAGGAUCUCAUUGCUUCUUGUGAUGGCAAAUCCAAUCCAAUACGCCAUUUCUCUGCUGAUGAACUCAUCAGGGCAACCAAUAACUUCCAUCCGUCUUGCCUUAUACAAGAGUGUCGUCCACAUGCAUUUAGGGGUUCUCUGGACAACCGAUUGGUUAUCAUUAAGACCAUGGAGGCAGCAGAUGAAGCUAGGGACGAAGCUAUUCGUAACAUCGUAAUUUCAGUGCAGAUGAGCACUCAUAAGAAUGUUUUGAAAUUGUUGGGCUGCUGCUUAGAGUUCCCAUUACCAGUUUUGGUGCAUGAAUAUGCAACACUAGGAGUUCUUAACAAGAAAGGAGGUUUGGGGGAUGAUGAAGCUCUGCCAUGGAAAACUAGAAUACGAAUCGCAAAGCAGGUUUCUAGUGCUAUUACUUAUCUCCAUGCAGCCUUCCCUAGACCCAUCAUUCAUAGGGAUCUAAGGCCUGAUUGUAUUCUCUUGGAUGAGGACUUUGUUCCCAAAUUAUGUGACUUCUCAUACUCCAUAACGAUUCCUCCUAAGCAAUCACAUGUCAAAGAUAUCGUGAAAGGCACAGUAGGGUAUCUCGACCCUGUGUAUGUCAAGUCUGCAUACAUUUCAGAAAAAACUGAUGUUUAUAGCUUUGGUGUCAUUUUACUUGUUUUCUUGACGGGACGAAAACCCUUCAAAGAAAAUCAGAGAGGAUAUUUUGAAUAUGAGGACUUCAUUCCAUAUUUGAAGUUACAAUUAGCAUGUGAGGGCCAAAUUCAGACAAUUGUGGAUCCUAAAAUCCUUGAGGAGUUGGGGGAAGGUGAUGAGCAAGCACAACAGCAGUUGCAUGAUUUCUUAUCACUGGCAUUGUCAUGUACCCAACUAGAAAGUGUGGCAAAAGAACUCGUACGAAUUGAGAAAUCUAUCUUGCCAUCCUAGCUAGCUUUAUCCAUUACAUAUAUCGGUCCAAUGGUUGUGCACUAAAAGGUUUUGUAUUUGAAGCUCGUUUGGCUCCUGAAAGUCUUACAACUUAUGAGUAAGGAGGUGCGUUUUAAGGUGGUGGUGGUGAAGCAGUUGAUUAAUUAUGAGGGGUUUUUUUUAAGGUAUGGUAGGUGUUUGUGAUAAUGCCUCAAUGAACCAAGCUCUGUGUAUUGUCAAUUCUGUUUUAUGAAAAAUAGUAGAAUAGAAUCACGUAUUCA